AUGGAUGUCGGUUCGGUUCCAUCAAGGAAAGAUACAUUUUACUACAUGAAAGAAUUUGUUGACUGUGCCUACGAGUUCCGGACGGAAUGUAAUCCGAUUAAAAAUGCUUUUAGAGUGAGGAAAAAGUACGCCUGGAGCAAAAUGAGUACAGGCAUCACAUACGACAGAGAAAUAUUAAGUUGA